AUGGCGUCCGAAGGCAUUCUUCUCGGCAUGGGAAACCCUCUCCUCGACAUCUCCGCCACCGUCGACCCCGAGUUCUUGAAAAAGUACGGUCUCGGCUUGAACAAUGCAAUUCUUGCGCACGACAAGCACAAACCUAUAUAUGAAGAAUUGGUUGAGAAAUAUAACGUGGAGUACAUUGCUGGAGGUUCUACACAGAAUUCAAUCAAGGUUGCUCAAUGGAUGCUCCAAGUUCCUGGUGCAACAAGUUUCAUGGGUGGCAUUGGAAAGGACAAGUAUGGAGAAGAGAUGAAGAAGGGCUCAACUCUUGCUGGUGUAAAUGUUCACUAUCAUGAAGAUGAAUCUAGACCUACUGGAACUUGUGCUGUUUGUAUAAUUGGUGGCGAAAGGUCGCUUGUGGCAAACUUAGCAGCUGCAAAUUGCUACAAGUCUGAGCAUUUGAAGAAACCAGAAAAUUGGGCACUAGUUGAAAAGGCCAAGUAUAUCUAUAUCGCUGGCUUUUUCCUCACUGUAUCACCAGAUUCCAUCGAGUUGGUUGCUAAGCAUGCUGCUGCAAAUAACAAGAUCUUCUCGAUGAACCUUUCUGCCCCUUUCAUUUGUGAGUUGUUCAGGGAGAGACUGGAGAAAGCUCUACCGUAUACAGAUUUUGUUUUUGGAAAUGAGACUGAAGCGAAAAUAUUUUCUAAAAGUCAAGGCUGGGAGAUUGAAAAUGUCGAUGAGAUAGCUCUGAAGAUUUCCCAGUGGCCAAAGGCGUCAAGAACACACAAAAGGAUAACAGUUAUCACACAGGGCGCGGAUCCUGUAUGUGUAGCUGAGGAUGGGAAGGUUAAAAAGUUCCCUGUGGAACUUUUGCCUAAAGAGAAACUAGUUGACACAAACGGGGCAGGAGAUGCAUUUGUUGGAGGAUUUCUUUCACAAUUGGUUCAGAAGAAGCCUAUUGAAGAAUGUGUGAGAGCUGGCUGUUAUGCAGCAAACGUUAUCAUCCAAAGGUCUGGCUGCACUUACCCAGAGAAGCCUGAUUUUCAUUAA